AGAUACCACCAGCCCCAGACCCUGCUGGUCUCAGGCCUCCUGCUCCUGUGCAGAAGCAAAGGAAAGCGGGAGGAAGCCGGCAGGUCCCGGCCCGCGGGCGCUUUGGGUGGGGCGGCUGCCCGUCCUGGAGGCCCGCGCCACGCCCGCCCGGAGCCACCGGAGUCACCGAUGCUGCUCAGAGAGCCCAGCCCUGAGGAGGCCAAGGCCGCGGUGGCAACAGCCAGCCCCAGGAAGCACCAGGCCAGCCACCAUAGGGGAUAAAAUGGCACAACCAUGUCCGGUCUUCAGAUGCUCACCAGCCUGUGCUCCUUCCUAAUCCCACUGGGAUCUGUCACUCCCGUCUCCUCCCGCUUCCUUUCCUGCUGACUUGUCACCAUGGCAGCCCUGAUUGCAGAGAACUUCCGCUUCCUGUCACUCUUCUUCAAGAGCAAGGAUGUGAUGAUUUUCAACGGGCUGGUGGCACUGGGCACAGUGGGCAGCCAGGAGCUGUUCUCUGUGGUGGCCUUCCACUGCCCCUGCUCACCGGCCCGGAACUACCUGUAUGGGCUGACAGCCAUCGGCGUGCCCGCCCUGGCGCUCUUCCUCAUCAGCAUCAUUCUCAACAACCACACCUGGAACCUAGUCACCGAGUGCCAGUACCGGAGAACCAAGAACUGCUCGGCUGCCCCCAACUUCCUCCUUCUGAGCUCCAUCCUGGGCCGCGCGGCUGUGGCCCCCGUUACCUGGUCCGUCAUCUCCCUGCUGCGCGGUGAGGCUUAUGUCUGCGCUCUCAGCGAGUUCGUGGACCCCUCCUCGCUCACAGCCGGAGAGGAGGGCUUCCCACCAGCCCAUGCCACUGAAAUCCUGGCCAGGUUCCCUUGUGGGGAGGGCCCCACCAAUCUGUCAGGAUUCCGGGAGGAGGUCAGCCGCAGGCUCAAGUAUGAGUCCCAGCUCUUCGGAUGGCUGCUCAUCGGCGUGGUGGCCAUCCUGGUGUUCCUGACCAAGUGCCUCAAGCACUGCUGCUCACCACUCAGCUAUCGCCAGGAGGCCUACUGGGGGCAAUACCGCGCCAAUGAGGACCAGCUGUUCCAGCACACAGCUGAGGUGCACUCGCGUGUGCUCGCUGCCAACAACGUGCGCCGCUUCUUUGGCUUCGUGGCACUCAACAAGGAAGACGAGGAGCUGGUUGCCAAGUUCCCAGUAGAAGGCACACAGCCACGGCCACAGUGGAAUGCCAUUACUGGUGUCUAUUUGUACCGUGAGAACCAGGGCCUCCCACUCUACAGCCGCCUGCACAAGUGGGCCCAGGGCCUGACAGGCAACGGCAGGGCCCCUGACGUGGAGAUGGCCUUGCUUGCCUCCUAAGGGUCUGCUUCCCAAGCUCUUUGCAAAUGGCACUACUUGGUCCCAAAAUGAACCCACUGCCUGCUUUGCACCAGCAUCAGAAGGGGAUUUUUUAUACCACAGCUUCUUGAGCACACAGGCCAGGCAAAAGGACACAAGGCAAUCUGGGGUGCAGAGAGAUCUGACAGACAACAUGGUCAGCUCUGACAAAGCUCUCAGACCUGAAGAAAUCUCCUGUCCUGUUACUACCCCUUGGUUAACAGCUUUGAGGAAAAGACCUUCCCAGAACUGGUCCUUAACUAUAACACAGGUGAUCUCUUAAACUGGUGAGAUUCCAAGCUGGGAAGCCCCAGCCAGCAGGGCCAGGUGACAGUGAAACUUACCAGCAAGCUCCUUGUAUAGUACAUUGUGCAGUUAAUUUGUGUCUAACUGCAUAGGGGCAUCCAGCUCAGUGGUGCACUGCUGCGAAGCUGCCCUCCAGUGUAUGCCUCUGGCCUUAUUUUAUAUUUUUGAUAAAGCUUUUCUUACUAUAAAGGAC